GGGUGGUUCAGCUGCGGUGGAGCGAACCGGGUCUGCACGAGUCCGGUGUUUGCGGCAGCGGCUCGGCGGCGUGAGGGGCUCCGGGGUUCUGGGCGGGGACAAUGGCGUCUCGGGCGGGUCCACGAGCAGCUGGCACGGACGGCAGCGACUUCCAGCACCGGGAGCGCGUCGCCAUGCACUACCAGAUGAGUGUGACCCUCAAGUAUGAAAUCAAGAAGCUGAUCUACGUGCAUCUGGUCAUAUGGCUGCUGCUGGUUGCCAAGAUGAGCGUGGGACACCUGAGGCUCUUGUCACAUGACCAGGUGGCCAUGCCCUAUCAGUGGGAAUACCCAUAUUUGCUGAGUAUUGUGCCUUCUCUCUUGGGCCUUCUCUCCUUCCCCCGCAACAACAUUAGCUACCUGGUGCUCUCCAUGAUCAGUAUGGGACUCUUUUCCAUCGCUCCCCUUAUUUAUGGCAGCAUGGAGAUGUUCCCUGCUGCACAGCAGCUCUACCGCCAUGGCCAGGCCUACCGCUUCCUCUUUGGUUUUUCUGCUGUCUCCGUCAUGUACCUGGUGUUGGUACUGGUGGUCCAAGUGCAUGCCUGGCAGUUAUACUACAGCAAGAAGCUCCUAGACUCUUGGUUUACCAGUACGCAGGAGAAGAAGCGCAAAUGAGGCUUACCUGAUGGAUUGCUUUGUGAUGGUGAAGCGUGGGACUCCCUUGAGCAGAAUGAGAGGGAAGAGGAGCUAUUCUAAAAUCUCCUCCAUUCCCUUCCCUGUGAUAUUGGCAGCUAGUGCAAAAUAGGCCCAAGUUCGAGCAAGCCCUUCCUGUUGUCAUCAGCCGAAGUGGCAAAACUGUAUUUAAUUUAUUCCUGGAUUGGGUUGGCUGAAACUGGUUGAUGAAAAGCUGUGACACAAAUGUUUGCCUUCAGCUGGUUGAAGUUGAGGCACUUCUGGAUUUUUUUUAAGACAGAGCCUCAUCCUUGUCUCCUCUUGGUCUCCACUGCCAUCCAUCACCCCUUAGCCACCAAGACUGAAGGAAAUAGGGAAUAAAUCAAAUUCUACUUCAGUCUAUCCAUUAUGGGGCAGGAAACAUUUGGCAGGCUGCUCCCCCUGCAGGCUGUGGUUUCUAUUGCAAAGCAUUUUAAUUAAAGAGAAUCUAAUAAACUUAUUAUUGCCCUGUC